AUGUCAUCCCCCUUCAAAUAUUCUGCGGUCCUGCGGACCACCAAGGCGCGUGAGCGCUGUCACAGAUUGAAGGAAGAGAAGAAGAAGGCAUUCAAGCGCGGGGAGACAGAUUGCAAGGCAUGUUAUAAUGCCUUGAAGAGACUCUGCAAGAGAGCAGAAUGA